CCUCUCUUCACAAAAAAAAAAAAAUAUUAUCAUCGAGUCGUUAAUUAUGGCAUUCCGUUUAUUAACUCCGAAGAAUAAUAAUUUAAUAUCGGCUAAACUUUUAUCAAUAACUCAAGUUCGCGAGUUAGCUACGGCAACACCAACUUAUACAAGACCACUUUCAGCAGCUGGAUUAUUCGCUUCUGGACAUAUGAGAAAUGAUUGGACCAGAAAAGAAAUAAAAUCAAUUUAUGAUUCACCUAUGAUGGAUCUUUUAUAUUUUGGUGCAAAAGUACACCGCGAGAAUUUUGAUCCGCUCGCCGUACAACAAUGUACCUUAUUAAGUAUAAAAACAGGAGGAUGUUCAGAAGAUUGUGCUUAUUGUCCACAAUCUUCAAAAUAUAAAACUCUGGUAAAAGCAACGAAGUUAUUAGACAAUGAUGAAGUACUUGUAGCUGCCAGGAAAGCAAAAGAAGCCGGUAGUACUAGAUUUUGCAUGGGAGCCGCGUGGAGAGAUCUUCAUGGUAGAAAAAGCAAUUUCAACAAAAUCAUAGGUUACGUAAAAGAGAUCAGAUCUAUGGGCAUGGAAGUUUGUUGUACAUUAGGAAUGUUAAAUGAAUCGCAAGCAAAAGCAUUAAAAGAAGCUGGUUUAACGGCUUAUAAUCAUAAUUUGGAUACUUCACGGGAGUAUUAUCCAAAAAUAAUUACCACAAGAUCAUAUGAUGAACGUCUUGAAACAAUUUCAAAUGUUCGUGAGGCUGGUAUAUCUGUAUGUUCCGGUGGUAUUAUUGGAUUAGGUGAAACUCCUGAGGAUCGUGUUGGGAUGUUACAUACUUUAGCAACAAUGCCACAACAUCCUGAAAGUGUUCCUAUUAAUGCUCUUGUACAAGUUGAAGGUACACCCUUGGAGAAACAAGAACCUGUAUCAAUUUGGGAAAUGGUUCGUAUGAUUUCAACAGCUCGUAUAGUCAUGCCAAAGUCAAUGGUUAGAUUAUCAGCUGGUCGUGUACGAUUUUCUCAACCUGAACAAGCUUUGUGUUUCUUUGCUGGUGCAAAUUCUAUUUUUACUGGUGAUAAAUUAUUAACAACCGAUAAUAAUGAUUUUAAUUCUGAUCAAGAAAUGUUUAAAACAUUAGGUCUUAUUCCUAAACCUCCGAAUUUUGAUCAAGGUACUUCACCUUCUAAUAAAAUUAAUGAAGUUCAAGAAAAACAAACACAAAAUAUUUUGUAACUUUAUAUAAAUGUAGCAUUAUUUAUUAUCAAUUAUCAUUAUCUUAAAAUGUAUAAAAUUGAUUUAUUUUAUUUUAAAAAAAAAUUUAAUUGGUAAUUUUUUUAAUGA